CGCAUCGAAUCAGCUGAUGCUGCGCCACAAGUGGCCAACAGCUGAUAGAAUAUGUGGAGUUCGCGAGUAUUGAUGAGCGGGUGGUGGAAAAAUGCAGCAAAUCCAGCGAGUGCGCCAGCUGUUGUGCGCAGGAGGAGGUAGGAGGAACUGGAAUUGGCGGAACCUACACAAACAACGGGAUACGUCCGCCCGAAAGGCUUCGCUCUCACCGGUUCGACUAACUCUCCUGGCAGUGGGGUCCGGUGCCAUCGCCUACGAUGGAAUCGCCAAUGACUUCACCUAUUGUGGCGCCUCGGUUCGCUUUGUACGCUCCUUGAAAACAGCCGCCCUUAUAGCCGUGGACUACAUGAAGCUAAAAGACACCGACGAGGACUACGACACCAAGCUGAAGGCUAUCCAUCAAAAGAGUGCCGAAAGAUUGCUGGAGACGUGCCUGCUAAACGGUGGCCUGUACAUCAAGGUUGGCCAGGGAUUUGCGGCCAUUAACCACAUCCUGCCGGAUGAGUACACAAAAACGCUAUCGCGGCUGCAGGACAAGUGCCUGCCGACAUCACAAAAGGACGUUCAGAAGGUCUUCCUCUCGGAAUUCGGCCAGCUGCCCGAAAACAUCUAUGAGGAGUUUGACUACAAGCCGGUUGCCGCUGCCAGUUUGGCCCAGGUUUUUAAAGCAAAGCUGCCUGGAGGCGAGCAAGUAGCCGUAAAGGUGCAAUACAACGACUUGCAAAAGCGCUUCAUCAGCGACCUGGGCACCAUCAUCUUUCUUCAGGACAUUGUGGAAUUCGUCUUUAAAAAUUACAACUUUGGAUGGAUACUCAAUGACUUGAAAAAGAAUUUGGUGCAAGAGCUGAACUUUGAGCAGGAGGGCCGGAAUGCAGAGCGCUGUGCCUCCGAUAUGAAAAAACUGAAAUAUGUUUAUGUGCCCAAAGUUCAUUGGUCACAUACCAAGACGCGCGUGCUUACCUUGGAGUGGAUGGACGGAUGCAAAGUGACGGACAUGAAGACCAUAGAAAGUUGGAAACUUAAUCUAAAGGAUGUGGAUGUGAAGCUAUUCAAUGCCUUUGCCGAACAAAUAUUCUACACAGGAUUCGUUCACGCCGAUCCGCAUCCGGGAAACAUUUUCGUCCGACGAAGUGUAAAGAACGGGAGUGCGGAAAUUAUCCUACUGGACCAUGGCCUUUAUGAGGAGCUGCAGGAAAAUGUUCGUGGACCGCUCUGUGAGUUCUGGGAGGCCACCGUGCUGCGAGACGAGGCCAAAAUGCAGGCCUCAGCCAAAAAAAUUGGAAUCGGCGACUACAUGCGCUUCGCCGAGGUUCUCUUCCAGCAACCGAUUCGGGCUCGAGGUGGCGGCGUUCGAAGUAAACUAUCGGAAGAGGACAUUAGACAUAUGAAGGAAGUGGCUCGGAAAAAUUUUGAACUCAUUAUGGGGACUUUGAAGGAAAUGCCGAGAAGCAUGCUAUUUGUAGUCCGCAACCUCAAUACCGUGCGUGGGAUAGGUCGUCAGCAUAGUGACGUGGUGGACCGACCUCGUGUGAUGGCCCGUUAUGCCCAGAAGUGCCUCUACAGGCAGAAUGGUAAUAAAUCGACGCUGCAGUACGUCCGUUGGUUGGGUCGGCGCGUCUAUUUUGAGUAUUGCCUGUUUUUGACGGCCUUUAGAUUGCAACUGGUCGACUGGUAUUUCAAUCUACUGUAUCUGGUUGGAAGGGCUCCGGCAUCAGCGAGGACGGUAAUGCGGGAGAUGCUGGCCCCGCCAAUGGACGACGUUCACGGUUCGUGAGCCAGACGAUCAAAAUUUUGCUUUAAAAUCCAAAUUAUAAGUUUUUAGAACAUUUUUUGUGGGCUAGUAGAUAUAAUAUUUGUACUUUGUAAGCG